UUUCCCAUUUUCCUUCCUUGUUCAGUUUCAACUUUCCUCCGAUUUCCCUCUGCUCUUUCACAAAUCUGAGAGAGAGAGAGAGGAGAGGAGAGGAGAGGAGAGGAGAGAGAGAUUAGGGCUUGACUCUUGAGCUUCCGAUUCCCCGCGCCAUGGAUACUGCCAUUCUUGUCGAUUCAAACAAUGCCGCUGUCGGAGAUGGUAAAAAGGGGGAGAGAAUCGGCGGUGCCCAGAGAAAAAUGCUUUCGGACAUAAGUAACUUACAAAAUUUAGCUAAACAAAUAAACCCAGAUGCGAAGAAUAAGGCCACUACAAUUACCACUAAAGAUUAUGUUGACAAGCUGGAAAAGGAAAAUGUGGAAUUGAAGAAGCUUCUUGCGGACCGAAACAAGCUUAUUGAACAUAGUGCGGUGGAGCUACGGAAACUGAGAGUAAACCUUCAGAAAGUGCAGUUACAGAACUCUCAACUUGCUCAAGCGAACAACCAAAUGCUGACGGAGCUUAAUUUAGGUAAAGACAGGUUAAAAGUAGUUCAGCACGAACUCGGAUGCAAAAAUGGACUACUCAUAGCAAGAAAAGUAGAGGCAGGGAAGAGAGGAAAAAUCAUUACAUGUCUGGAUUAUAAUAAUGAGGCCGGUUCAAGUCAUCAUGAUGAAACAGCAAAAUCCUCUCAAGCAGAUAAAGAAACUAAACCUAGUUUUGCCAACCAGAGAAAACAAUCAAGGAACCAAUCUUUGGGCCGUCCUCCUGUUAAAGCAGUCUGUGCUAAAGAGGAGGUUAACAAGAGAAGGAGUUGUUCGAGAAGGCAAUCUGCACGGUUGAAAUCCAAAGGAUUAGAAGUAACUGAAGACUCUUUUCCGAUGGAUAAUGCUAAAAUUCCCGUUUCUUCUACACAUGACGAUCAGAUUGAUGCAAGCGGUCAAACAAUACUGGAAUCAUCAACAAAAAAGGAAGAUGAAGAAAAUGAUAUUCCUGGAUCUGAAGAUUUGGGCCCUCCUACUGUUAAAGCGUUUGAAGUUAGAGAGGAGACGGAGAAGAAAAGACGUUCAAGAAGGCAAUCUGCUACGUUUAAAACUGAAGAAUCAGAAGCAACUGAAGAAUCGUAUGAGAUUGAUGCCAAAUAUCACGUGUCUUCUCUACAUGAUGAUGAAAUUGGCACAAGUGGUCAAACAUUCUCGGAAUUAUCAGUUAAAAAAGAAUAUGAAGGAAAUGCUACUGCUGGGUCUGAAGGUCAAGAACUUAGACGAUCAUCUGUUGGAAGGCCAUUGCGCCGAGCAGCUGUGAAGGUUCAGUCUUACAAGGAAAUUCCGCUCAAGAUAAAGAUGCGCAGAAUGGAGUGAGUCACAUUCUCAUAAGAGCUACAUUUUCUCAACAGCAGACAAUGUGGUUCCUUAAUAAAUGUAGUCUUUCGUCUCUUUUUUCUGGGGGUGCCUUGCAGUAACUGAUAUAGAGCAUGUCUUGUAUUGUUCUUCUAAUCCGUCCUUUCAGGGUAGAAAGCUUCUUGCUUGCUGUAGAUUUUAGUUCGUAACUUCUUGUACUCUAUUUUCAUCUUCAGAUGUUAACCAAAAUUGGGGAAAAUCUUCUGAUUUAGCCGAACAAAGUUUUUCUCUGUAUAAGUGAAGCACUAUAAUUCUAGAAUUUGAUCGUUACCA